CACAUGGCUUCCAGUUCUGAGCAAUAUUGCUCUUCCUCAUAUCGGAUGAGAGGUUGCCACUGGCAAGUUACUGGAGAAAGUACACGCCAACCCAAGCCUGCCGCUGCACAAUAACCUUUUAAAACCACCAGCUGCACGUUUGCCGUCAUGAUGCCCAUUAUGGUCUCAUCCGCCAUGCCAGGCGGUUAGGGCGGAAACACUCGGGCGAGAGGAAUGGGAUAUCUGUUACAGUCUCCAGCCAGUUCCUCAUCAUUGAUACCACAAUCUGCCCGCCUGGUUUUGACCUGCCCCGUCACCAGUGGUCCCUGUUGAAGAGCUUCUGGACCGGGCAAGGUCUCUGUGCAGCUAACCAGUAUCACUGAGGCCUUUGUGACAGACAGCCUUUGGGUAGCUCUGGUGCAACACAGAUGAUGACGCACCUUGUUGCUGAAUGCCUGCUGACUAGGUUCAGCGGUGGCCUAGAAGAACUGCAUCACGCCACUGAAGAUGCCAUUGCUUGGCUAGACGACCAUGCACAUGAUAAAUAAAAUGAUCAAGCUGUUUGUGUGUCAUUCUUGAGCAGUAGCGAUCAGGCAGCCCCUGGUGUAGGCAGCUUCCAGGUGCAGUUCUGCCCUUCCCCGCACGGUGGCGCCCCUGCCUCCCGCACAGCCGCCCCUGUCCGUAUCUAAGCAGCAAGAGCCAUACUCGCUCUUUCAACCUAUCCUGCUAGGGAGAUGGCAUGAGAGUGACGGAGGCUGCAGCCAGUCAGAGAGCGGAGUCACCCCCUUGUCUAGCGAUGAGCCAAUUAGGACCUGGAAAGGGCGGGGAAAGUCCGCCCCCAGGCUAGUGUGAGGCGGCAUCCGAGCUCCCCCGGCACCGAGCGGCAGCGCUAGCUGUAGGAGCAGCUUCGCCGCGGAGCUGGCGGAGGCGGCGCGGAUGGUGAGAGGAGCCGCCCGGCAGCGCCUGCCCCGCACUGGCCCGGCCUCCAGAACAACAGGCCUGGUGGAGAAGCCUUCUCGCAAACGGAAAUCCAGCUGUUGUAGAGUAUCCUGUCUGCCACAGUGGAGCACUGCAGAAUCCAGGGGCCUUGCCGCCGGUUUUAGGUCAAGCUUGCUGCGGAGCACAGAGGAUCUGGGGACUGAAUUUGCCCUAAAAGAAAUCAUGUCAUCUGGAGGAGCUGAAGAUGAUAUCCCUCAGGGAGAGAGGAAAACAGUCACCGACUUUUGUUACCUACUGGAUAAAUCUAAACAACUCUUCAAUGGCUUAAGAGAUUUGCCUCAGUAUGGGCAGAAGCAGUGGCAGUCCUAUUUUGGGCGCACCUUUGAUGUUUACACUAAACUCUGGAAAUUUCAACAGCAGCAUAGACAAGUACUGGACAAUCGAUAUGGAUUGAAGCGGUGGCAGAUUGGGGAAAUUGCCUCCAAGAUUGGGCAGCUAUACUACCAUUAUUACCUGCGGACAUCUGAAACCAGCUAUCUGAAUGAAGCCUUCUCCUUUUAUUCAGCAAUUCGACAGAGAUCAUAUUACUCCCAAGUCAAUAAAGAGGACAGGCCUGAACUGGUGGUUAAGAAGCUGCGUUAUUAUGCAAGGUUUAUAGUGGUUUGUCUUUUGCUCAACAAAAUGGAUGUUGUAAAGGACCUCGUAAAGGAAUUAUCAGAUGAAAUAGAAGAUUACACUCACCGCUUUAACACUGAGGACCAGGUGGAGUGGAACCUGGUUCUUCAAGAGGUGGCGGCUUUUGUUGAGGCAGAUCCUGUGAUGGUUUUAAAUGAUGACAAUACCAUUGUAAUCACCUCCAACCGACUGGCUGAAACAGGGGCCCCAUUGCUGGAGCAGGGAAUGAUUGUGGGACAGCUCACUCUUGCAGAUGCAUUGAUUAUUGGGAAUUGCAAUAACCAGGUAAAGUUCAGUGAAUUAACGGUUGAUAUGUUCCGAAUGUUGCAAGCACUGGAAAGGGAACCAAUGAACUUGGCUUCACAAAUGAACAAACCUGGAAUGCAGGAGUCGACUGAGAAACCUGCUAGGCGGGAAAAUCCCCAUAAGUACUUACUGUAUAAACCUACCUUCAGCCAGCUGUAUACGUUCUUAGCAGCAGCGUUCAAGGAGCUGCCUGCAAACAGCGUGCUGCUGAUCUACUUGUCGGCUACUGGCGUGUUUCCCUCAGGUCGUUCGGAUAGUGAAGGCCCAUAUGAUUUUGGUGGGGUCCUUACAAACAGUAACCGGGACAUGAUCAAUGGUGAUGCCAUCCACAAACGGAGCCAAUCGUACAAGGAGAUGCACUGCCUUCACCCUGGUGAUCUCUACCCUUUCACAAGAAAGCCCCUAUUUAUCAUUGUGGACUCCUCAAACAGCGUUGCCUAUAAGAAUUUCACAAACUUAUUUGGACAGCCACUGGUGUGCUUGCUUUCUCCAACAGCGUAUCCAAAAGCAUUACAAGAUCAGUCUCAGCGGGGUAGCCUCUUCACCCUCUUUCUGAACAAUCCUUUAAUGGCAUUCCUAUUUGUCUCUGGAUUAUCAAGCAUGCGCAGAGGAUUGUGGGAGAAGUGUCAAGAUUACCUUAGAAAAAUCAACCGGGAUAUCGCCCAGCUGCUGACCCAUUCUCGCUCCAUAGAUCAGGCCUUUCUUCAGUUUUUUGGGGAUGAAUUUCUUCGCUUACUUCUAACAAGAUUCGUCUUCUGCUCAGCCACCAUGAGGAUGCACAAAAUUUUCCGGCAGGAAACUCGAAAUUACCCUGAAACUUAUCCCCAGCUGCCAAGAGAUGAAACGGUGGAGAACCCUCAUCUCCAAAAACACAUUCUGGAGCUGGCUUCCAUCCUGGAUGUUAGAAAUGUGUUCCUGGAAAACACCAUUGAUGACUAUUAAAAGAAAUAUUUUUACUGCAAUAGGGUUUCCCUAGCCACAGACUUUGAAUGGUGCAGUUUUCUAAUGUGAAAAUCCGCAAAAGGAGUUAUUUGAUUUUAUUUUAAAAUUUAGGAUUUUUUUUUAAAUAGCUGUUAGCCCAGUGCCCCAUUCUGUAUGGGGUCAAUUUUAUAAACAAAUCUUUUCACAUCUUUUAAAUGUUAAACUAAGGAAUCCCUGGAGUUUUGUUUUUUGUUUUUGUGGUUGAAAGCAACCACAUCUAGAUCCUAAGCAUAAAAGUAUUAUUGGCCAAUUUUAGCCCGCUUUAUGGAAAUCCUUUAUUUUUAUACAGUUUUAAAAAAUUGGAAGCAAAAACCCAAUAGAAAAUCAAUAUUUGCUCUCCAAAGAGUUUGGAUUUGAAAUGGUAAAGCUGGAAACACAUAAUGCAAACUGGCAAGAGCAAUAAAAGAACCAGCCCUUCACAACAAAUCUAUAUUUUUUUCAAUCUUAGGUGAGUAAAUAGACAAACUUGUGCUAGAACAAAUGGCAGAUGGAGCAGUGGGUUUGGAGUGGUGCUGCAGAGGGAUCUCCUAACAUCUAGUGUUCCAUGUAAAGAAGUAAUUUCAAUCUUCUGAGCAGCACUGCUGGCCAAGAACACAAGUCCCCUCCUGCCUGCUUGGGUGUAGAUAGCAGCUGGUGGCAUAUAUUACAAAAUUAAUAACGCUAGCCCCAUUUCCUCAGAACAGCACAGUCUGCCCUACCUCCACGUCUUGGUUCAGAGCCACCACCCGUCUGCCUGAGGAUGCUGGUCCAUAACUCCUCCUGAGUCAGUCAGUAAAGCUUCUUAAUCACCGCAGGGGGUGAGGGUGUCUCCCUUCUUACCUUGCCGAGUGAAUGAAGUGAGUGGCGUCCACAGUAUUCUCAGCCCUUGGUGAGUCUGUCAGAAAGCAAACCAGCCUCCCAUAGUAGUACUGAGUUCUAGCCCUUACCAACAGAGAAACACCUAGCAGGACGCCUCUUGGUGCUGCUGCUGUUGCCUGCUUUAACAAUGGGAUAAUCUUUCAUGGGAUCCUUGUGACCCUAGAACUGCUUUUUUCUUAUGUUAUAAUGGUUAAUAAGUGUUGCCACAGAACACUGCAGCCUUUCAUGCAUGUGGUGAGGGCCCAUCGCUCCACCCCACUCCCUACCUGUCUGCUCUGACAGCAUUUUUCAAAUGAGCCACAGGCAGGCUGAGCAGCGGGAAGGUGUGCGAGGCACAUAGUCACCAACAAAUCCCAAAACACAACGAAUGGGGAUUGGUUCAUAGGUAUCACAGCUUCUGCUGUGUCCCUUUAAUUGCACAGUAAUUCCACCCAGACCUAGACAACAUCCAGCAGGGCUCUGUAAAGUCUGCAUCAAGGAUCUGUAUGAAUUUCAAGGCUAAGGUAGAGAAGGCGCUUGCUGGAGAAGUAGGAGGGUAAAGCUACCAAGGCAAGGCCCUCUGAGCUUCAGAACAAGCUCCAGGAGCUCUUGCACUCCUUGACAGAAAGGAGGCAUGGAGGAGGGGAGGGUGGAAGUACUGGAACAGUAGAAGGAUUUUGGCUUCUACAAAGCAAAUGUUCUAAAUACCCAAGCUAAUAGCCUAUAGACACUCAGCUUUGAGACUGGCUCCAUUUCAGUUACUGGCAGUCAAAAAGCCAGCUUGUCCCAAAGCCAAGACUGAAGCAAAUUUUUGUAGGCUCCAGUGUUUUGGUUUUUAAAGAUAUGUAAAAUGAAUAAUGGGCUUUUAACUGAAAAUACUCAUUCUACCAAGAAGGUGUUCACUUGAAAUCCAGUGAAAGGCAAGUCUGUGGAGAUAUAGAUUGUAAUUUUUGUAUGUGAAAUUGCACAACAGAUUGUCAAAUGGCCCGAAAUGACAGAUCUAGAAAUAGUGGUAGCAAAGCAAACUGUGGUCAUCUUGUUUGUGUGAAUAUAAGGUGUAUGGUGCUGGAAAGGCUGCCUUUGGCUUUUUGUUAGGCAUGGCUGUAUUGCUGUCUGAAGUGAAGGCCAGUGGGGUGCUCCCUGUACUGUAGUGCUGAAACCUCCAACAGAGCAAGGACAUCAUGCUGGACUCUGUGUCCAUGUAUGGUGCCAACGUGGAAUGUUUCAAGCUGUUACAUGAAAGCGGUUUUGUUCUGUGUUCAUUGUUCCAAUGCUGGAAAAUGGGGAGGAGUUUGAGUAGCCCUUUAAUUUUGAGGUCUAGUCCAAUGUUUCAAUUUUUAAAAUGAGUUUGGUAGCUUACUUCCCUUGGUGCCUACUUCAGUGGGCCUCUUCAGAAUCCCACAGUGAUGUGACCCUCCUUUGAAGACAGACUGGAAUAACCAGGGACUGAGGGUGCCCCAGGUCAGGACUGAUGCCCAUCAGCACUGCUGUACGAGUCCAGUGCAGAACAGCCUGGGUGUUAGAGUAGGGGGCAUGAGUGGCGCUUCCAAAGCACUUUUUAGCACUGUGCUGGGCUGUCACCAAUCUGUCACUCCCAUAGGCACUAAGACUCAAUGGAACAUUAUGAGAAAAAUGUAUUCUUUGAGCAGCUGGUGAUGCAACUCUCUUCUGUGGAACUGUGGGUUCUUUGGUCAACCUUCCUUAGCUGAGACUGAGUUGAUUUUAAAAUAAAUAUGUAUAUAGUUGGUGUUUGUGUAUUUAUGUACAGUACACACCCACCUACCUGUUGGGUGUGCUUGUAAAUAUGCAUAGAUAUUUGUAUAUAGGAAGGUCUUGAGAUAAGAUAUGUAUAUAAAAUUAUAUAUACACCCGUACACCAAUUGGACUGCAUUCCAUGAGGGUGCUUUAGAAGCAUUAUUCAAGAUGCUGUAGCUGUUAAGUUUGUGGUUGCAUUACCAUUGUAAUCCUCUAUUUUCAGGGGCGUAUGUUUGGUUAAUGAAAUAAUUUGGGGCUAAAACUAGGUGCAGCAGGCCUCAUCCAGUGAGCAAGGGGGUUUCUUUUACAACUGUAAAUAUUCCAAUUCACACUGAAAUGAUAGUAAUUUUGUGACAUGAACCAACAGAAUCCACAAAAUGUGAAGCUUGAGGCUGAUUUGCCUUUCCCCUGGGCACGAGGUCCCAAUCACACAAUGGAGUGUUUGCAUUGUUUAGUUGUUUUUCUUUUGUCAUGCAGACACGUUGGGGAAGCCAUGUAGGACUAUAGAAAUCUCUGUAGUCGCAACACAAAGGGAGAGUGCACAGCAUCUGUAUUACCUUCCCCCUCCUGCACUUCAACAUUAAAUAAGCUAGAAGCUCUGUCCCAGGUCAUUGCACUGUGAUUGUAUUGAAAUCCCAUGUUUAGCUUUGACUGUUGUGGUUCCAUUUCACUUCCCUGCAGCUGGGAAUAACGUGUGUACAUGAGCUUGGAAGAAAGGAUUCCAUUAGCAUGCCCUAUUUGUGUCCUGGUGAGCCCUUGUGGAAUGUGGUUUGUGAGCUGAUGGGGAAGCCCCCUAAUGCUUGUCUUCUGCAUAGCUUGGAUGAAGAAUAGUGUCUGUGCUUAUGGUGCUUCUGUGUAACCUCUAUGUCUACAGAACCAAGUGAUGUAUUUGGUCCUGCCUCCCCAUUAGCUGGAGUUUGCAGUAGUCAGACAUGGACAUGCAGAGAAGGCUGGUAGGAGAGGCUUGUUUAGAAUAUGAAAAGAAUGAGAACAUUAAGUCAAAAACAUGUCAUCAGCUCUACCUGGAUCUAAAAAGUCAGAGAUGCACUUUUUAAAGGAGUCUCUCAUUCUCUUCUUGGCUAUUCUAUCAUAUCAGGUUGGUCUUGUUCAGAAUACUUGCUAUUAAUCAAACUUGAUAACAAGGAUUUUCAGAGAGUGAACUUCAUUUAUCUUGUUCUAACAGUUUGUCCCAUUCAAACUUACUUGAACUCAUCUAUUGUAAAUGGUGGAUUCUCUGUUACUUGGACUUCAGUAACUCAGCCAGGGACUAAGGGGUGUAUUACAGGAGUGGGUGGGUGAGGUUCUGUGGUGUGCAAUGUGCAGAUCAAACUACAUGAUCAUGAUGGUCCCUUCUGACCUUAAAGUCUGAGUAAACCUCAACAUGUGUAUACCUACUGUAUGCAUGGGCGUGUGGAUACCUCUCUGUACAUACAGCAUGGUUGUACAUAACAGAAAAAUGUUCUCCUGUUCAUUUCAUGUUCAGAAAUCCUCACUGCUAGGAACUGAAUAGCAGUGAAAGAAAGAUUGAUCUGAAAGGAUCACAGUUAGAGGCAGGGGAGAAGUAAUGGACCCGCUCUUGUCAGACCUUUUAAACAAACAAACAAACAAACAUGAGUGUUUUACUUGCUUACAACAAUGGAGAGAACUUGCCUUCCAAGUUCAGGAAAGGUCCUAUGAAGACAGCAAGCUUAGCCUAUAAUGUUUAGAGGAAAAUAUGCAAACUUGACUAAGUGCCUGCUUUGCAGAUUUCUUCUGCCACAGCUCCUACGUUCUGCCUAUGAUAAUGUAGGGGGUAUGUUGUAAUUUACCUUCAUUGGUGGCAUCCCUCUUGCCUGGUACUCCUCUGCUAUCUGGGCUUUAAAACAUCUAUUGUUGCCUUUUCCCCUUGGUGUCUCAGAUUAACAGCAACAAACAGGGCUGUGGAGCUUCUUAUGAAUUCAGUAAUUUCUAACCCCUCUCCAAGUAUAAAAAGGUGCCACCACUUUGCUGUUUGUGCAUUAGACUCUGACAAAAAUGAAGGUGCAUUAACACCUGUGAAGAAUGGAGUUGGACUCUGGAAUGAAUUCUGGAGAAGUCUCACAGUUUUUGUCCUGAUGGAUUUCAAAUAAUAAUCUUCAGCAAAUAGCGCAGAAGUAAUGGCUACUAGGAAACCCUUUCAGGGAGAGAAAAUGAGGACAUUUCUCUCCUAAGAUUCAAAGGGAGCAUAUAGGAAUGGGAAUUCAGGCUUCAGCAGGGGCACUUGUUAAUCUUUGGAGAUCUUAAAAUUUUAGCAGUUGUGUAAAAACUGACCCUUUGAGGAUGGGAGGAGAUGCUAAUGUGUGUGUGUGAAUCUAUGGCUGCUCUUUGUACUGUGAGGGAACAUACCUAGAAGCCCAAGUUCCAUACAAUGUUGCAGAUAUUGGAGAAGGUUUCAUGCUAAUUGAUCAGGCUUGAUUCCUUUAUCCUUUCAUUAGCAUCAGAACCAUAUCCAGACUUGUACAGAAACCUUUGAACCAAACUCCUUCCUGGAAGUUAAAAACUUGUUUGUGACUUCUCUGAAUAGCCCUUCUGUCUUAACACUUUUCUUAAGCAGGCUGUGUCUGCACUAGACUUUCUCAUCAUUACAGCUCAGUAGUGGUAUACUAGAAGCCUUAAUAUAGAGCUGGCAGGACUAGGCAAUGGAGCAGUUAAUACAUGACAAUUGAUCCAUACUAGGGCUCUCACCAAUGCUACAACUGGUAGAGCUGCACCAAUAAGAAUCAUGGUAAUCUUAUGGGAAAAGUCUAGUACAGACCAUGCAUCAAAUGUCGUGUAACUGGACUGUGGUACCGUCUGGGUCUGUGUUUGAGGAGGCUGGAUUGGAGGAUUGCCAUAAUGGGGGCCAUGCAAGUAAGUCUAUUGCCAUUGCUCUUCAGACCCUUCAUCAUAAAAAGACCCUGCCUUGUUAGUUUGUAACUUCCCUCUCGCCCCCUGCUCCACCCUGGAGGAAGAGGGUUGAGGAUUUCUGAACUGAGUGGUCUUUCAGAAGACUGAAGGAAUGAAUUUCCAUUCCUUCUCAGUUUUUCUGCCAACCAGCUGUUGUCCUGUAGUUGCAUUGCUCUUAGAUCCCAGCUUCACCUCCUGCUUUUGAGACUUGAGUCACAGACUUCAAAUACCGUUUACUUGUUCAGUUCAGAUACUGGAGCAGUUUUCAGAUCUUAUUCAGAGGUCAUUCCUCUGCACGUAUUCCUGCAGGGCUAACAAAGCCUGCCAUACAAGUUGAAGCUGCAGAAACUCUUGUUUUGAAUUUUCUAUUCAGACUGUAUUCCCUAAUACUUGCUUACAAGAAGGAACCCCCUGGACUCUGUUACUACCACUUCUCAAUAGCAGUGCUGAGCUGAUUUGCUGGAGCAUGGCAUUGCCUAGCAGUACUUUUUUAAAAGCACAAGGUGCCACUACCUUCUCCUGCCCCUCCCCUAGGAUCUGUUAGUACAAGGAAAAUGGGGAUGGGAAUCCAGAAAGAUGAACUCCACCUCAGGCAGCCCAUCCACACAGGAAAUGGGAGCUUUCCGCCUUUGGGAAUCAGAAUAUUUAUUGCUAAAAGUAAUUUUAUAUUGAAUUGGUUCAAAAUUAUUUUACAGCCAGGUGCCUAUUUUGGUAAAAAAAAACAAAAACAAAAAAAAAUCCAAACCUAUUUUACUUAAAUAUAUAAAGAGAGAAAUUUUUUGGAGCAAAUGGACUUUUCGUGCAAGGUAUCUAUAACUCACCAAAGCAAUGUAAUUCCAGAAAAAUAUUCUAUUGUCUUUGGAAGGAAAGGAAUAUAUUCUGACAUAUAUAUAUUAGAUAUUAUGACAUAUAUAUGACCAUUGGACACUUCUAAGAUUAAAGUGAGAAUUGAAGUUACUUCAUUUAAAAAAAUUCAGUUUCCACCUUGAUUCUUAUUAGUAAUUAGAAUAACACCAAGGCCUGCUUAUUGCUUCCAUUGUAAGUUCUAAGCCUCUUUCAGUGCCAUUUUGCAGAUUUCUUGCAUGCUUUCGCUUCUGCCAGCUGGCCCUUGAUGAACCAGUGGCUCUCCAGAUUUUUCUCUUGGUUUAGCUAUACAUAAACCUUAGUCUCUCAUAGUUGUGGUGACUAGACAAGUUUAAGAGAAUAGAGUCAUAAGGAGAUGUUAAUCCAGGGGGAAGGCAUAUUUAAAUUUCUGUAAAUGGAACUGCAUGCAAACAAAAUACCUAUACCACCCAACUUAAAUGGGACGAUCUGCUCUAGUUUACAUGAUACAAGCCAAGCUUUUAAUCAGAUAGCAGCAGCAGCAUUUUAUGUCAGGAAGGGAUAUGAAUAUGUAGAUCGUGAUAUAUUCAGACUCAAUAAUGCCAUCUUAGCCAGAAUCCCUACUGUAAUUCAAGUGAGUAAACAUUUAUAUUACAAUCCUAAAGAACGCGGAAGUCAACCAUGUGUGGAACAAGCAUGUCUGCACUUAGUAUCUGACAUUUUUUUUCCCAUGGAGACAAAUGAUUUAUGUAAUUUUUUUAUAGCUUUGUAUUGUUAUUAAAAAGUAACAUGCUUGUUUUUUAACAUUAUUGUUUGGAGGUCAUAACUUGCCGCCUUAGUGGUAUGAAAGGAAUUUUAAUAAACUGUGGCCAGUGCUUGUAUGUAACUAAAAUGUUGUUGAACUGUGAUGCCAUUUGUAGGGAAUAUACUGUUGUAUUUCUAAUAGGCGCUCUCUUCUGAAGAGAUGGAAGCACAAGAGUUUUAUAUGUACCUAUCCUGUUCCAGGUGCUGCUAGUCUAUAGUGCAUGUGAUGAUGCUGUUGGGUAACAAACCUCUGUAAUGGUUCACAAAGCCUGUUUCCCUUUGUUACAUAAUCAUGUGUCUUGUUGCCAAUUUAUCUGUCUGUUAUGACUUGAGGUUUAAAAAAAAAAUUAAGAGAAAAUAGUCCUGGUCUGACUGACUGGUGUAGUGAGAGACCUUUCUGGUGCUGAGCGAAUCUGAGGUCAUUUUGGUUUUACAAUGAUAGGACAUUUUUCUGCAAAGUGCAACAGAGAUAAUGUUACACACAAACAUCGGCUCCCAUGGUUGAUGUUGAAACCUGAUGGCUGUCUUGUGCAAUACUUAUAAGCUGUUGUCUGUGUUUAAUGCAUCUGAAUUGCUUAUACCAUAAUAUCUCAACCAUGGAAGCUUUCUCAUUUGUUUCAUCCCAUCUGAUAAAUCUCUUCUCAGCUUUAGUCUGUUGAUAUUGAUACUUCAGGCUGUAGUUUGUGCAAAACUGUGAGAGAGAUUGUGGGUUUCAGUGACAGAUACCCCAACAGGAUGGUAAUGGUGGGUUUAGGAAUGCCUAAAGGCCAGUGGUGACUUGCUCCUCAAAAGCAGUGUGUGUAUGUGCUAUCCUUUUGCUUGCUUGCUGCUGCUGGGAAGAUUUAUUCCACUAAACAGACUUUCCAACUUAACACUGUGAUUCUGCACAGAGCUAAUACAGCACCAAGGGAAUGAAAUACUGUAACAAUGUUUGUUGCAUUGAAUGACAGCAAAAAACCACACUUUUCAUAUUGUCAGUGUUGAUGACAUUUUCACAUUGGUAAAUGUUCUCUCAGAAUGUGACUACAUUCAUCAGUUGUGAACUAUUGUACAUGAUUUUUGUAUCUGAAAUCCACUCAAAUUAUGUGUAUUACCAAUAUAAAAUAAACAUAUUUGCUUAAAACA